GAGCACCGGGCACCGGGCCACCAGGCGGAGCAGCGGGCACCGGGCCACCAGGCGGAGCAGCAGGCACCAGGCCCCCAGGCAGGGUCAUCUGGCUCAACAGCGGGCAUCGGGUCACCAGGCACGACAGCGGGCAUCGGGUCAACAGGAUUCAGGUCAUCUGGCUCGACAGCGGGCACUGAGUCAUCUGGCAAGGCAGUGGGCACCGAGUCACCAGGCAUGACAGCUGGCUCUGAGUCAUCAGGCACGACAGCGGGCAUCGGGUCACCAGGCAUGACAGUGGGCACUGGGUCAUUAGGCAUUGGAUCGUCUGGCAAACAGCGGGCUCUGAGUCAUCUGGCAAGA